AUGGCGCCUUCCAGCCGACACCCACAACUGCAACCGCAGCCGCAAAGCAUGGCGCAAAUCGUCGAGUACAUACCAGAUCGCCUUUACCUUGCCGCUUACAAUGUCGCGCCCACCGCCGAUACUCCAUUCCCCUACCCUGAGGAGCCUGCGCCUGUUUCUCCUAGAAAGAGAACCACAAGACUCGCUGCUGGCGCUACCCCGCUCGCGAAGCCAUCUCGACCUCAGCCCUGCUACUUUACUGUUGACGAUACUCUCCUGUAUAACGCUUUCCACCAUGAUUUUGGUCCUCUCCACAUCGGUCACUUGUACCGAUUUGCUAUCCAGUUCCACGACAUCCUAGGCGCCAAGCAGAACAAGGAGCGUCCCAUUGUCUUUUACAGCGCCGCCGACCCCAAGAGUCGCGCCAAUGCCGCCUGCAUGCUCGCGUGCUACAUGGUCCUUAUCCAGAACUGGCCUCCUCACCUGGCCCUCGCCCCGAUUGCGCAAGUCGAUCCUCCUCUGAUGCCUUUCCGAGACGCCGGUUACAGCCAAGCGGACUACGGUAUUAGCGUUCAAGAUGUUGUUUACGGUGUGUGGAAGGCCAAGGAGGAGAAGUGUUGCGACCUCGACAACUUCGACCUGGACGAGUACGAGCGAUUCGAAAGAGUCGAGCAUGGUGACUUCAACUGGAUCACCCCCCAUUUCCUGGCCUUUGCUUCUCCCCAGCAUGCGCCAGUCCAGAAGAUUACAGAGGGUUCCGAAUUGUUCCCAUUGCUCCCACGAACGAUAGCCGCUGUGGACGCCCACCCCAAGCUACCAAAGCCUUUCAAGAAUGUCCUCAAGCACUUUUCGGAGAAGAACAUUGGCCUGGUGGUCCGUCUCAACUCCCAACUCUACUCACCCUCUUACUUUGAGGCUCUGGGUAUCCAACAUCUGGACAUGAUCUUUGACGACGGUACAUGUCCUUCGCUCACCACUGUCCGCAAAUUCAUCAGACUCGCUCACGAGACAAUCACUGUGCGCAAAAAGGGAAUCGCUGUUCACUGCAAGGCUGGUUUGGGCCGAACUGGUUGCUUGAUUGGUGCCUAUCUCAUUUACCGUCAUGGUUUCACAGCCAACGAGGUCAUCUCUUUCAUGCGAUUUAUGCGACCCGGUAUGGUCGUUGGUCCUCAACAGCAUUGGCUUCACCUCAACCAGGGCACCUUCCGAGAGUGGUGGGUUGAGGAGAGGAUCGAGCGCCGACUAAGGAGAGAGAUGGCUGCCGCCAACCCCAUUCCUAGCACACCCAUUCGUGCCAUGCAAAAGACAACACUGCGAAACGGCCAGGCUUCGACACCGCCCAACCGAAGCCCUUCAAAUCGCACACCGCUGAGUGAAGUUGACCAUGACCGCAAUAACAUUGGGGUUCAGGAAGACUAUCUACCAGCUCCCACACCUGGGCAACCACGAAAGACUGCUAGGGAUCGCCACCACCCUUACCAACGCUCUAUAUCUGGGGGAGCUCCUCCCGAAGCGCAAUACCCAGUUGAGCAAGAAGCAGACUUGAUCGCCAAGUACACUCAGGCUAGUGGUGAGUCUGACGAGGAGUUGCACUUGCGCAUGCGCCGCCGCAAGGCGACUUCACAAUCGCCAGCUCGCAGCGAGAAGAUACGAUCCGUGAGCCAGACCACAGCCAUCUACACAAUAGACAACGAUGCGUCACAUGAUGCCGAGAACAUUGGCUCCGUGCGGUCCAAGUAUGUUGAGCGGGUGCCGAGUACACCCGGUGUCUUGGCUAAGGUCCGCGGCAGCAAGCGCCAGGGCGAGUCUCCUCUCCGGGCAAAGGAGUCCGGCGUUCGAAAGACCAGCGGCAGAGUAGGCAGCGCUAGCCAUAGCACGUCAGUGUCAGCAGCCUCAACAGCUCGCAAGGUCUCUGGGGCUUAG